GUGGCCACCUUACUUCCGUGUUAGUCCGUUGCAUUCGAAGUAUAUAUCUAGGUGUUCGUCAAGAAAGGCUCUCAGAAAGGCUCUCAGCAUCACUUGCUCCUGUUUCAGUAUAAAUAUUGUGGUGCCGUCAAGAUUGGGUCAAACAUGUCCAAAGUUCGUCGUGCCGCUCAUGCUGGGAGCUGGUAUUCUGAUAAAGAAGACGAUUUGAGGAGUCAGCUUGGAGCUUGGCUUGGGAAAGUAAAAGCAAGCCAUCUUCCUGCAAGAGCAAUAAUUGCCCCCCAUGCAGGGUAUUCUUACUGUGGAGCCUGUUCAGCAUAUGCAUAUCGACAGAUUGACCCAACAAAUAUCAAAAGGAUAUUUAUUUUGGGACCUUCUCACCAUGUGCGUUUAUCUGGAUGUGCCCUGUCAGCUGCUGAACGUUAUCAAACACCACUGUAUGAUCUCCCAAUAGACACAAAAGUGUACGAGGAGCUGUAUUCAUGUGCAACUUUUGAAACCAUGUCACUUGACACUGAUCAGGAUGAACACAGUUUAGAGAUGCAGUUACCAUAUAUUGCAAUGGUGAUGGAAAGUCGCCGUGGAGAUUUUAGUGUUGUACCUGUCCUUGUUGGUUCUCUCAGUCCAGAAAAAGAGCAAUAUUACGGAAAUGUAUUUAGCCGAUACCUUACAGAUCCAGACAAUCUCUUCAUCAUAUCAUCUGAUUUCUGCCAUUGGGGAAGAAGAUUUCAUUAUACCUACUUUGACAAAAGCUGUGGAGAAAUUUGUCAAUCAAUAGCUGCUCUUGACAGAAAGGGAAUGAACAUCAUUGAAAGUAUGCAACCAGCUAAAUUUACCCAGUACCUUGCAGAAUAUCAGAAUACAAUUUGUGGUCGUCACCCGAUUGGAGUUCUUCUCAAUGCAAUAGAGACUGUGCGAAGAAAUGGAAAUGGAUACAACUUGAACAUGAAGUUUUUGAAGUAUGCUCAGUCAAGUGAAUGCACAAGUGCCAGUGACUCAUCUGUUAGUUAUGCAGCUGGAGUAUUGUUUAUUGAGUGAUAAUUGAUGUGGAGUUCCACUGACACAAUAGUGGAACCUGUUUGUGCUGUACUUGUGUUAUAAUCCACCCAUGCUGCUUUAUAUUGACUUUAAACUUGGUCAUUAUGGAUCUAUCUUUCCUUCUGUGAUUAUCACUCAGACAUUUCAGGCAUAAUCUGAGAUUCAGGUUUCCUGCCGGUACCAUCUAUACCUGCCAGUCAGUAAUUCAAUUCACCGUCCAUGGGUUAGCUCACUAUAGCUGUUAACAUUUGCUUUUCCUACACAAAUGUUUAAAUACUGUGAAUCAUGAAAUAAAUUCCAGCAGGAAAUGCA